CACUCUUGCCGAUUUAAAACUGUUAGACUUAUCUCGUCGGACGUAUCUGACUUUUGCAUAGUGUGACUAUUCCGACGGGUUUCCUCGGAUGCAGACAUGAAUCUCUCGCCGCUACUCUUUUGCGUCAUAGUCGCAGGAGCGGCUGGACUUCCUAAUCGUAGAUCCACUGAUCAAAUUGUAUGUGAGACUGAUGCAUGCCGCUUAGUUGGGCGGUCGAUUCAACGUAGUAUCGACAAAUCUGUCGAUCCUUGCACUAAUUUCUACGGAUAUGGAUGCGGCUUGUGGCCAAAAGAAAAUCCUCUUCCAUCCACCGACGUAGAAUGGUCUACGAUGCACUUAAUAGAUUUAAGGACCUCUCUUCGCUUGAAAGAAAUUCUUGUAACGGAGAGCGAAUAUGAUAGCUUAGAGCCUAUUAAAAAAUUGAAACAAUAUUACCGUUCAUGUAUGGACGAAGACGCUAUCGAAAAACGAGGACUCGAACCUAUACAGUCAAUGGUGGAUGCGAACGGUGGAUGGCCGAUUCAGUCGGGAUAUCAAGAAUCGAACAAUUACACAUGGCAAGAAAUCGAUAAUAAUUAUAUGCAAAUGUUUCUCACUAGUAGUUUCUUCCAAUUUGACUUUGUGCCUGACGAAGAAGACGCAACCAAAUUUAUAUUAAAGGUGUCACAAACUAUCAUAUCAUUUCUCGAGCAUGAAAUUGUCAAGAGUAGCGAACGCUUAUUCUAUGUCUCAGAUAUAAAUAGAAUGUCCUAUGUGCUGGUAGCUUUUAAAAAACACAAAGGAAUUGAAAUUGUAACUGAGAAUUUUACUGCAGACGUAAUGGAACUACUUAGCUUUCAGGAAGAUCUUAAAAACAUUAGUGAAUACGAGGAGGAAACCCAUAAGGGAAUGAAGAAAGUCUGGGAUAAAAUGACAAUUGCAGAACUACAAGAAUAUUAUGAUCAGACUGGAAUACAGCACCCUACCGCGCAGAUAAACUGGCUGCAUAAGAUACAAGAACUUCUUAAACCUGUUAAUAAAGUUAUUGACGCUUCGUAUCCUGUGUUAGUGGAAAAUAAACAUCUUUUUCACAAAUUAGCACACUUACUGGAUGCUACACCGUCGCACGUAAUCGUUAGUUACAUUCAGUGGAAUUUAAUAAGCCAAUCUCUGCCAUAUUUGGACAAGCGAAUGAGAGAUAUUGAGUUUGAAUCAAGCUAUUUAGGAUAUAAAAAUGUGACCGAGCAAAAACCACGAUGGAAAACAUGCAUCGCAGAUAUACCGUUGCAAGACGCUUUGUCUGUCCUAUUUGUCAAAAAAUAUCAUUCUUUAGAAACUGUAAUGGCUGUGCAUGAUAUGUUGAACGAUUUAAAAAUAGAGAUGAAGGAGCGUAUAUUGAAUUCAGAAUGGACGAAUGACAAUGCGAAGAACUUCAUGAUAGAUAAAAUAGACAAUAUCGUGUCACUGAUUGGUUAUCCCAGCUGGUAUCGUACUAAUGAAACAGCGCUCAUCGAACGUUAUGAAGGAUUAGAGAUUGGGGAGAAUUAUUUCAAGAAUAGGAUCGCCAGCUUAAUAUAUGAAAACCACAGGGAACUUAUGGAUUACCAGGAAUCGCCCAUAGAUAGGCUAAAGUGGCGUGUUUCUUCUCUGUCUAUCAAUGCAUUUUACAGCCCGCAGAUGAACACAAUAAUUAUACCCGCUGCUGAGAUCCAAGACCCGUUUUUUACUCCCGGUAUGCCGCUUGCGGUUAACUACGGUGCGAUGGGCAUGAUUGUCGGGCACGAACUCGCGCAUAGUUUUGACACUACCGGAAUCGAAUACGACAAGUUUGGGAAUAAGAUUACAAGUGAUGCAGAAACUACCGAGGCUUACGAUGAACGGGUGAAAUGUUUCAUUGACCAAUAUAGUAAUUUCACGCUAGUCGCGGAAGACAAAGACGGAGAAUCCGUGCAGUUAAAUGGAUUAUUUACAAAGGAUGAGAAUGUCGCUGAUAACAUUGGUGUAGAAAUUGCGUUCGCAGCAUUCCAAAAGCGCAAAUUACUGACUGGGCCGCAACCGAAAUUGCCCGGAUUGACGGAUGUCAGUGACGAACAACUCUUCUUUUUAUCCUUCGCAAACACCUGGUGUAUGACAACAACCGAAAAAUACGUGAGAGCCUCUGCUAAUUCAGAUGACCACAGCCCUAACAAAUUUCGAAUACUCGGCACUGUGGCAAAUAUGGCGACCUUCUCCAAUGUUUUCAACUGUCCGGUUCACAGCCCACUUAAUUCAGACUCGAAAUGCACUUUGUGGAAAUAACCGAGACUGUUGAAUAAGCUUUUAAUAAGAUGAAUUAAAUAAAGCGAAUCCCCCUCCUCUUUCUCGUUCGCAAUAAUGUUAUGUAACAAAAAAUGUGCUUUUAGUAUUGCAGGCUCAGCAGUGUAAUUGACAAAAUGUCUCGAAAGUGUAAUGCUGUACAAUUUUUUUUUUUUAAUAAAUGUUACUACGUUAAAAAUAAAAUUUGUUAAGAAAAUA